GUACGUGCAUGCAUGCAUGCGUGUGUGUGUGUGUGCGUACGUGCAUGCAUGUGCAUGUGUCUGUUUGUGUGUGUGUGUGCACACAUGUGUGUUUUUUGUGCUUGCAUGCAUUUGUGUGCGUGUGUGUGUGUGUGUGUGUGUGUGUGUGUAUGUGUGUGUGUGUGUGUGUGUGUGUGUGUGUGUGUGUGUGAAACUGGUGUCCAAUCAACCCGUCCCUGGUGGAAACCACCCUUCCCAUCAGGCUGCGCUGACCUGGAUUCAGUGCAGACUGGAGCUGGUGUUGUUUUGCCGCCACUGGCUCUGAUCUCAGAUCGUCCUGUUGAAGAACGGACCGACGGUGCCCUCUUUCCUUCAGGCCCGUUCAUCUCUCCUUCAUCCCUUCUUCAUUUGAUGCAAAGCUUUGUUUCCAAGCUGAACUUGUCAUUUCUUGGAAAAUCACAGCUGAGUUUUCCCGUAUUUUUUUUUUCAUGGUCUAACUGUUCCCCUCCUUCGUUUGGCACCAGAGGACGUGGGAGAAAGUUGGCGCUCGCGUGUCCAUACUGUACCGAUUGUGGCAAAAUGGCAGCUUCUGUUGUAUCCGUCCUCCUUCCUGUACCUCCCUCAGCCUCUCCAGAGAGAAGUAACCCAGAUUUCUAAAUGAACCGUCGCCUAUUCCCCCCUCUCUCUCUCUCUCUCUCCCUCCCUCUCUCUCUCUCUCUCUCUCUCUGUUUUCUUACUCCUCUUUCUCUCAUCCUCGUAAAUACAGGAUCAAUCUUGGAAAGAGAAUAGCACCUCUCCAUCUCAUCCUCCUACUCACCCUGCCUCUGGGUUGCCGGAUGAUUUCAGCUUCAUUUCUCCAUCUUUGUUUCCUGGAAAAGUUGAAUCUUUAAAAUAGCUUGUUGCAUUCGUGUUUCAGUUAUUCGUGAGUCUUUUGUCUCUCGAGCUGCUUCUCCUGCAGUUCAGUGCUUUCCUUGGCUUCUCUUUUUGGACUUUUGUUGAGUUGAUUUGCUACAGGUGCCACUUAGACUUUAAUCUGAGCUCCACCAGACGAAGAGCGAAGAAGAGGAAGUGGGCGAGACCGUCUUUCGGUGGAAAUUACCAUAAACUCAGUCCUCACCCCUUCUCAAGGCAUCAUGUCUACCCCGGUGUCCCCUUCCCCCGCCCUCUCGCCUCUGACUCUGGCCUCCCCUACAUCUGCCACCUCCCCCCUGCCCUCACCCCUCUCACCUCCACCCAGGGUGCCCGUGUUUCAGAGGAAAGGGGCGCUCAAACACAAGAGGAUUGUCGAGGUGAAAGACCACCAGUUCACAGCACGCUUCUUCAAACAGCCCACCUUCUGCAGCCACUGCACUGACUUCAUAUGGGGCAUUGGGAAGCAGGGAUUCCAGUGCCAAGUUUGCAGUUUUGUGGUCCAUAAACGAUGUCAUGAGUUUGUAACCUUCACAUGUCCCGGAUCUGUGACCGCCCCGAGACCCGACGACCUGAAGAGCCGACAUGCAUUUAAAGUCCACACGUAUUCCAGUCCCACGUUCUGCGACCACUGUGGCUCGCUGCUGUACGGCCUCAUUCACCAGGGAAUGAGAUGUGCCAGUUGUGACAUGAACGUCCAUCGGAGGUGUGAGUCCAGCGUUCCCAGUCUCUGUGGUCAGGACCACACAGAGAAGAGAGGAAGAAUCCACCUGACCAUCAGAGGAGACAAGGAGGACAUCUACGUCACAGUGCGGGAGGCUCGAAACCUGAUGCCCAUGGAUCCAAACGGUUUGUCCGAUCCUUACGUCAAACUAAAACUGAUUCCAGACCCAAAAAGCCACAGCAAACAGAAAACUAAGACCAUCCGAUCCACACUCAAUCCUGUCUGGAAUGAGAGCUUCACCUUCUCGGUGCGCGGGAGCCAGUGGGACAGGCGUCUGUCCGUGGAAGUGUGGGACUGGGAUCGGACGUCCAGGAAUGACUUCAUGGGAGCGCUGUCCUUCGGCGUCAGUGAGAUCUUCAGGCGUCCCAUCAGUGGUUGGUUCAAGCUCCUGGCUCAGGACGAAGGAGAGUAUUACAACAUUCCUGUUCCGGAUCCGGACCUGCAGGAACCGCAGCCAGAUGUUGCAGCACCCUGUCCGCCUCAGGCGAUCCCGGUCCCGCUCCCAGAACCUUUCCCCGUGGGCCUGUCCCCGAGCCCGCUCCCGUCCUGCCUGCCCAUUCACACCCCAGGUCCUGGCAAAGUCAAAGUGGGCGUCCACGACUUCAACUUCCUCAUGGUGCUGGGCAAAGGCAGCUUUGGCAAGGUGCUGCUGGCAGAAGAGCGAGGCAGCGAGCGUCUGUUCGCCAUAAAAGUGCUGAAGAAAGACGUCCUCUUCCAGGACGAAGACACGGAGAGCGCUUUGGUGGAGAGGAGGGUUCUGGCGCUCCCUUCUCGUCCUCACUUCCUCACAUCGCUCUAUUCUGCCUUCCAGACGGAGGACCGUCUUUACUAUGUGAUGGAGUACGUCAAUGGUGGAGACCUGAUGUUUCACAUUCAGCAAGUUGGGAAGUUCAAAGAGCCUCACGCGGCGUUUUACGCAGCGGAGAUCGCGGUCGGACUCUUCUUUCUCCACAGCAAAGGGAUCAUCUACAGAGACCUGAAGCUGGAUAACGUGCUGCUCGACAGCGAGGGCCACAUAAAGAUCGCUGACUUCGGGAUGUGCAGGGAGGGGAUGUUUGAGGGUGACACCACACGCACCUUCUGCGGCACUCCAGACUACAUCGCCCCCGAGAUUGUGGCGUAUCAGCCCUAUAAUAAGGCGGUGGACUGGUGGUCUUAUGGAGUCCUGCUGUAUGAAAUGCUGGCAGGACAGCCUCCGUUUGACGGAAUCGACGAGGAGGAGCUGUUCCAGUCCAUCAUGGAGCAGAGUGUCUCCUACCCAAAGAGCCUCUCCCGUGAAGCUGUUGCGAUCUGCAAAGGACUUCUGACGAAACACCCAGGAAAGCGUCUGGGUGGAGGAGAGGAGGCGGAGAGGGACAUCAAGGAGCAUCUGUUCUUCCGCUGGAUCGACUGGGAUCGACUGGAGAGACUGGAGAUGCAGCCGCCGUUCAAACCCAGAACC